GUUUGUUGAACUGGAGCGCAAAAAAAGAAAAAAGACCAGCACCAGCAGUAGCACCGGAGCCAAGGCUGUAACGAGUUCGGGCGAGCCGGGACAGUUCGCUCCUUAAUUACUUUAAAUAACCUCAUAUUAAUACACAGUAGUGCUCGUGAAGUAGCCGUUGACGUGCUGUGACUGGACCCGUUACGUACACGACGCAGCGGCGCGUCUUAUUAGCUAAAACAAAGCGGACCCUUAUAACAGUUUGAGCUAGUCCUCGCCUCUAACCGUCUUUUAUUUCUUUUAAAGAGGACACUUUUCCGGGCUGAUGUUACUCUGAAUCACGCGGAAACGCCAGUAUAGCAUCAACACAAGAUGGAUCUGCGGUUACUUUUAAUAGCAACGUUAUCAGCGGUCCUCUGUGGCAGCUGGGCACAGCAAGAGGGAAGCGUAUGCAUCAAGGCAAACGCACAGUCGUGUGGGGAAUGCAUCCAGGUCGCCGAGACGUGUGGAUGGUGCGGAGAUGAAAAAUUCCUCACUGUGGGUGAGUCCAAGUCGGCUCGCUGUGAUGAUCUGGAGUCCCUGAAAAAGAGAAAUUGUGUCGUGGACAAAAUUGAGAACCCACGCGGAAGCAUCGACAUCAACAAGAACAAGCCCGUCACCAACCGCAAGAAGGACGGAGCUGAGAAGCUGAAGCCCGAGGAGAUCACCCAGAUCCAGCCGCAGAAACUCACUCUGACGCUCCGAUCUGGUGAGCCCCUGACUUUUGAGCUGAAAUUCAAGCGUGCUGAGGAUUACCCCAUCGACCUGUAUUACCUCAUGGACCUCUCCUUCUCCAUGAAAGAUGAUUUGGAAAACGUGAAGAACCUCGGCACUGACCUCAUGAAGGAAAUGCAGGAGAUCACCUCAGAUUUCAGGAUUGGUUUCGGCUCAUUUGUGGAAAAGACAGUCAUGCCUUACAUCAGCACCACGCCAGCCAGGCUCAUCAACCCCUGCACGGGGAACCAGAACUGCACCAGCCCCUUCAGCUACAAGAACGUCCUGACGCUGACGGACAAGGGAGACGAGUUCAAUCGCCUGGUCAGCCAGCAGCAGAUCUCAGGAAACCUGGACUCUCCAGAGGGGGGCUUCGAUGCCAUCAUGCAGGUGGCAGUCUGUGAGGACCAAAUCGGCUGGAGGAACGUGACUCGUCUGCUGGUGUUUUCCACCGACGCCGGUUUCCACUUUGCUGGAGACGGCAAACUGGGCGGCAUCGUCCUGCCCAACGACGGGAGGUGUCACCUGGAGAACAACAUGUACACCAUGAGCCACUACUAUGACUACCCCUCCAUCGCCCACUUGGUUCAGAAACUGAGCGACCACAACAUCCAGACCAUCUUUGCCGUCACUGAGGAAUUCCAGCCCGUCUACAAGGAGCUGAAAAAUCUCAUUCCUAAAUCAGCUGUUGGCACGCUGUCCUCCAACUCCAGCAACGUGAUCAAUCUCAUUAUCGAUGCUUACAAUUCUUUGUCGUCUGAGGUCAUUCUGGAAAACGGCAGGCUGCCAGAGGGAGUUUCCAUCACCUACAAGUCCAUCUGUAAGAAUGGUGUGGAGGGAACCGGGGAGAACGGCAGGAAGUGCUCCAACAUCUCCAUCGGGGACGAGGUGUCUUUCGAGAUUUCUGUUGAAUCCCAGAAGUGUCCUUCGAACGGCAAGCCUGAGAUCAUUAAAAUCAAACCGCUGGGCUUCACCGAGGAGGUGGAGAUAGUUCUGAACUUCAUCUGCGACUGUCAAUGCGCCGCCGAAGGAGAGCAAAACAGCGAGACGUGCCACCACGGCAACGGGACCUUUGAGUGUGGAGCCUGCAAGUGUAACGACGGACGUAUCGGGCGUGUUUGCGAGUGCAGCAAAGACGAAGUGCGGACCGAGGAUCUGGAUGCCAACUGCCGAAAAGACAACGGUACGGAUAUCUGCAGCAACAACGGCGACUGCGUCUGCGGCACCUGCGAAUGCAAGAAGCGGGAGAAUCCUGCAGAGAUCUACAGUGGCAAGUACUGCGAGUGCGACAACUUCAACUGCGACCGCUCCAACAACAAGCUCUGCGGAGGACAUGGGCACUGCGAGUGCAGGAAGUGCAUCUGUGACGCAAACUACACAGGCAGUGCCUGCGACUGCUCCCUGGAGACCGCCUCCUGCCUCGCCAAGAACGGGCAGAUCUGUAACGGCCGCGGUACUUGUGAAUGUGGAAUCUGCAAAUGCACCAACCCCAAAUUCCAGGGUCCGACCUGUGAGAUCUGUCCCACCUGCCCCGGCGUCUGCGCUGAGCACAAAGACUGCGUGCAGUGUCGAGCAUUCGAGGCCGGCGAGAAGAAGGACACGUGUGAGCGGGACUGCAGCUACUUCCAGCUGAUCAAGGUGAAGGAUCGCGACAAGCUGCCCCAACCCACAGACCAGAGCUUCCCACUGACGCACUGCAAAGAGCGAGAUGCCAACGACUGCUGGUUCUACUACACCUUCGCCAUUAGGAACGACACCAAGGAGGUCUACGUGGUGGAGACGCUGGAGUGCCCGGCAGGACCUGACAUCAUCCCCAUCGUGGCAGGUGUGGUAGCAGGCAUUGUGCUGAUCGGCCUCGCCCUGCUGCUCAUCUGGAAGCUGCUCAUGAUCAUCCACGACCGCCGAGAGUUCGCCAAGUUUGAGAAGGAGAAGAUGAACGCCAAGUGGGACACGCAAGGGAACCCCAUUUACAAGAGUCCCAUUAACCAGUUCCAGAAUCCCAGCUUUGGGAAUAAAGGCGCUUCUCUUUAGGUCAAAGGUGAGAAUCCGAUCUACAAAAGUGCCGUAACAACUGUCAUCAACCCAAAGUACGAAGGCAAAUGAUGGAGCUCUGCCUUCCUUGUGACAACACUGUAUGGAGAAGAUUAUGGGCUGGGGUGAAGGGAGGGGCGGGUUUUAUAAUGCUCUCACUGUUUGUUUGUUUGUUGUUUCGUCACCAAAUGAUAGCGAUGCAUUUUGCCACUAUUUCAAUUUGUUUUACUAACUUCAUUUUUAUUUCUAUGCAUCUGAAAUGUGUACAGUCUGUAUAAAUGUGGGGGUUUAUUUUGUUGUUGCCUCUGUGGAACUUGAGAGAAUGCGUUGAACUGAUUUGUAGUUUUCCCACCGCGGCGAGCUGACGGGAAGCCGAGCUGUGCCUUUCUUUUAUAGAACCAUCAAGCCAUCAGUGUUUUGUCGAGGGUUUGAAAUGGAUGUCGAUAAUGGGCAACAAACGAAGGGUUCCUUUCCAAAAUAAGAAUGUGUAUCUAUCAGUCGAUGUUUUUUAAACACCGGUGAUCUCAUUGUGUCUAAUCAUGUUGAGAGUCUCUUUUGAAAUGUCUGUUUGGAUCGAAACUCUUCAAAUGUGGCGCCAGUUGGCCGAGUGUGGUCGCGAUGACAUGUGUACAGUAUGUGUUGGUUUCUGUGUUAAGCCAUAUAUGUAUUCACAGAACAGGAUUGAAGGCGUCGGUGUCUUCUCUGAGUGACUUACUCCAUCGGAACAAUCAAUUGAAAUGUAUCUUUAGUCUAGAAAUGUAUUUCCCCGGGCUAAAGGACAUCGGUGUACAGUAGUGUUACUGCUUAAUUGCUUAAUUUAAAGCCAACUCAGGUCCUUAACUCUUCACAGCAAUGCCAAAUACACGCAAACCUGCCUUAUUUGCUAACUAAAUUAGCUUUUUAUUGAAAUGCCUUGUUUCAUUUGUAGGAUUUGAAUUGGGGACGGGUCCCACUUUUUUUUCUACGCGUCAGUAAUUCAACUUUAACUUUUGCGGUGCGUCGAUCAAACAUUUUUUAUUGAAAAGAAAUGGGAAUGACGGUAAUGUCAUUUAGUUUUAAAGAUCAUUGGUAAGGGAAUGAGUUCUAGAUCUCUAGAUGUUUUGUAAAGAAAGAAAAGUUACACCUGACACCAUGUUUUAAAGUGCCUUUUGUUUUCACAUUUGCAAUUCUGUAUUUCUGAAAUUAUUUAUUGAAUAAACAUUGAAAACAAUUUACCCCUAUAUUGUAAAAAUGUUAUUGUGCAAUUACUAUUUUGUGCAUUUCUUUGUCUCCAUAAUUUGCCUCAAAAUUGACAUUUCUAACCAGCAGCCAUGUUUGUAUUAAUUGUGCAUGAACCUGGUAGAGAAGCUUCUUAGGAGAGAUGUGAACAAAUGAUCUGCUCGUUGUUUCUUGGAGAAAACUUCAUGUUUUACCCCGUAUUGACUUAAUAUAAUUAGACUAACAAUGAUAUUGAGCUGAUGAGGGUAUGCUUUUAAAAAAAGUUUGAAUACACGGUCAUCUGCUAAACUGCAAUGUGCUUUGAAUUUUGCCCAAGUUUGUUUAAGAAAAUAAAUAAUUGUCAUGUUUA